UGAAGUAUACUAUACUCCAAGUACUCUUAGCGAGAUAUUUAUAUGUGGACCUUGAAUUAAAUCAAGUUUGGGGUAUGAUACUGUACCCUAACCUCUAACGGAUAAAUCCCAGCUCCCGAUUCUCUAAAUUCAAACUAGAAGUUCAAUUUUAUAAAAAAUACUAAUUGACUGAAGCUCAAAAAAGGAGAUCUAAUGACUAAAGAAAAAGGAGAUCUAAUGACUAGAUCACUUGAAGCAUACUGAAUGCUCUUUGAGUAUAUCGGUGAUUACCAUAUUGAAUGCCAUUUACAUCCGCAUCCCUCAAUUAUUGAUCCUCCCUCCUUGGCUAUAGAUCGAAGAGACUCGGUAGUCUUGUCUAAUCUGUAUUGAGAUUUGAGAUUUGACGUAAAUCAAAAGAAAGAAUAGAAGCAAUAAUAAUUUGGGCAUUGCUAUUUGUCGCCCUAAAUUUUCUUAUUUGUCGCCCUAACUAAAUCACAGUUACUUUAAUGCCCUUGUUGCAAACAUAGCUCGCCAAACCCAAAAGCUGAUAUUGUCAGCGCCAACAGGAGUUCACUUUUUCAGGAAUAGGAGGACUAUUGUUCUUAGCAUGCUUGUCCUUAGGUUCUGAACUUUGUCUAACCCAUUUGAUUUUCACAUCUUAACUAGUGCAAAAUGUAUAUAAUAAAAGAGAAUAAUUGGAUAAACCCUAGAUAUCUAUUCAUCAUCCUUAUUAACUUGCUUUCUGCAAUCGUUAACUUGCUUCUUCUUCCUCCUUCCCUUUGGCGCCUGCAGCAUAUUCUAGUUGGGGCAGGAGCAUGGGAGGGGAGGUGAUGACUGAUGAGGCGACGGUUCUUUUCAUGAGUGAGACUGUGAGAGCGGCGGAUAUGGGUUGGGGCGAGGAAGGGAUUGUUUGGUUAGGGUUAGAAUUGAAAUUGAGUUGAAGGGUAAAUUUGUCAAUUUAUUCCAUUUUAGGGCGAUUUUAUUUGAAUUUUAGGGCGACGAAUAGCAAUUCAGAAUAAUUUAUGGUAAAUGCCACAUUUAGUCACUAAUAUUACUAAAUCGUGUCAUGUUUAGUCACUAGAAAAAUUUAAUAUCAAUUUUGAUCACUCAAAUUACUGAAACUGGUCAUAUUUAGUCACUUUCUCGUUAGUUUCCGUCCAAAUCCAUUAACUAACGAGAGAGUGACUAAAUGUGACAUGUUUAGUAAUUCGAGUGACUAAAUGUGACAUGUUUAAAUAAUUCGAGUGAUCGAAGUUGGACAAUGACUACAGGAGAGUGACCAAAUGUGACAUGUUUCAGUAAAUCGAGUGAUUAAAAUUAAUAUUAAAUUUUUCUAGUGAUUAUACAUGAGAUGAUUUAAUAAUCUCGGUGUCCAAAAUGUGACAUUUACCCUAAUAAUUUAUAUCCUCCUCUAACUCCUUCGCAAUAGGUUAUUUUAUGCGCAUUUUAUUUUACUUAUAACAGCUGAAAGGAAAAAAGAAAGAGCCAGUGAGCUGGUUUGUGCAUGGCUUCCACGUUUUGAUCUUCUCCUCCAGUCCACCUGCACCCAAAGUUUUCGUUUCUGAUCCUUUCAAUUUCUCGCUUUCGGUUUCCCGGAAUUCAGAGAGGUUCUCUACUUGCGUCCUGCUAUAGAAAGUCCCGCCAUGGCCGAGUUGGGCCAAGCAUCUAGAAAAAGGAGCCGCGAAGAAGAAGAAGCUGCUGCUGACUGGAUAAGCCAUCUUCCAGACUCCAUCAUUCAUCACAUCCUUUCGUUGCUCGACGACACCAAAUCCGCUGUACGGACCUGCGUCCUGUCCCCAAUCUGGCAAACCGCCUGGCUACAUGUCCCCAUCCUCGAUCUCCGUCGGAGCUCCUUCCAGAAUUACUCGAGCUUCUGCAGGUGCGUCGACCAAGUCCUGUCUCGCCGCAAUCCCUACAUUGAUGCCCGGAAGAUCAGCUACACCGACAAGGAGAGGUACGAGAGCAGAGACCGUCGAUUGCUGAUUAGGGUUAUUCAGUACGCGGCUUCCCAUGGUACCCAACAUCUGGUGAUUGACGUGGAUACGGUGUUGGUUAGACACGAGCAAGAAAUUUUCAAAUUAGGCCGAAAUGAAGCUGUCUUCCGAUCAAAUGCCUUGCGAUGCUAAUCCCAAACUCGCAAGCGACGAAUCAUCAGAAUCUAUCUGUGUUUGUUGUUGUUGUUGUGGUGGUGGUGGUAUUAUCAUAGCUGGGGAUCGAAAAUUCGACAUGAUGAGGAGCUUGGCUUAAUUUGUAUGUCUAUGCAGGUAUCCGAGCUGCAAGUUGUUAAGAUCGUGAAGGCCAAUUGGGGUCCCUGCGCUGGUAAGAACUGCUACAUCACCUUCGAGGCUGCUGACCUGCUGUCUUCUGAUCCUGAUCGUGCUACGAGAACCUAUGAAGCUGAGGUUUAUCAGAACAUUCGUGGCAAACUAUCGACGACACUGUUUCGUGAGAAAGGCCAGAAACUAAGCAUUCGAGAAAUGGAAGACCGCCCAUGCACCUGCAUGUGAUGAAUGAGGGAGGUUCAGAGAAGUUUAAGGGUUAGUUUACUGAUGGCUUUCAUUGGAUAAAAUAAUUGUUGCUUC